AUGGCUCAUAAUAAUAAUAAUAAUAUUAAUAAUAAUAAUAAUAAUAAUAAUAAUAAUAAUAAUAAUAAUAAUAAAAAUAAUAAUAGUGAAUAUAAAACUAACAGAAAUUUAUUAUACAAAACUAUUCUGAAUGAUAUAGAAAAUAGUUUACAAUCAUUAAUAAAACCUCAAGAAUUAACGAAUCUAUUAGAAGAUAAUAUUAAUAAAUUAAAAGAACUUGAUGGAGUGCAACCAACAAAUACUUUUGGAAAUCUUCAAAACACAAGUACAAAUACAACUACAACAACUACAACAACCACAACAACCACUACAACUUCAUCUCCAAACAAUAAUGUUAUAACACCAAAUUCAAAUUUAAAGCAAACACUUUCUCCAUCUGUAUUAAUUGAACAUUUAAAUCUUUUUGGAAAUGAAAAUUUUGAAGAAGGGGAUGAUGAAGAAGAAACUAGUAGUGAUUCAGAUUCUUCUUCUAGUUCUUCGACAUCUUCUUCUUCUUCAGAAAGGGUUCCUUCUAAAAAACUAAAGCCUAUGGCCAAACCACGACCAGGUGGAUGUAGUAUAUGCAAGACCCAAGAAACUCCUUACUGGAGAAAAGGAAAAGAUGGUGAUAAAACCGUUUAUUUAUGUAAUGCUUGUGGUUUACAAAUUUAUAAAAAAAAAAAAAAAGAAAAAUUAUCAAAAGAAAAACAUAGUAUUAAAAAUGUUUUAAAUUGA